AUGGAAUGCUGUGGAGAGCAUACAUUUAAUCCAGAUAUCGAGUUUUGCUGUGAUGAAGAAGUCGGUGAAAAAUCAAAGAAACAUGGAAUAUGUGUUGGAAGUAACAAAAACGACCGAAAUUCGAAGGCACUAUGGUGUGGAAAGAACGGAACCUCACAACGUCUUGAGUGUUGCGAUGGGAAAUCUCCGUACAACGCAUCGUUAUUCAAAUGCUUAAACAACACAGUUGUUCCGAUUGCAUACGAUAUUUGCAAAGGCGAGUUUUAUGAUAAAAGAAAGCAAAUUUGUUGCGACCGGUCAACGCUCUAUGGUGUUCCUUCAUAUCAGUCCAAUUCUGAAUGUUGUGGCUCCUCUUUGAUUGAUAAACGAAUUAAGCAAUGCUGUAUCUGGUCUGGUUCUGCCUAUGUUCAACCAAAAACAGGGGACUGCUGUGGAGAACAAAUUUAUAAUCAGAAAUCAGAAAUUUGCUGCAAGGGAAAACGAAUUGCUGCCAAUGAAAAUACGCGAUGUUGCGGUGAUAGAUUUUACAAUUCUUCUUUUCAACUUUGCUGUCAUUCUGAAAAAUCUGCCACUCCAUUCAACAGAAAGAGCGAGAAAUGUUGUCAAGGUCUUGUGUUUUCCGUGAAGGAUCUGCCAAAACCGAAAUGUUGUGGAAAUCGAGUUUAUUCGUCACGAAGUCAAGCUUGCCGCGGUGGUGUAAUUAACAGAAAGAAGGAAAGUUGCUAUAGGGGCAGUCAGUCUGAAAAUUCCUUAACGAAGGAGACAUUCUACCGUUUUGUCCAACAACUCUUCCCUGCUGGCAUUAGUACGAAACUCAAGAAAUGGAAAGGAAAGAAAGGUUUCCCACUGAUUUAUGUCAAUCUUCCUGAAGCCAAAAUUUACCUGGGAAAAGUCCCAAAAAUCUCCUCUCAGUACGAUGACCGUUCUGCUUAG